AUGCCGUCGCCUGCGUUGCUCAAGUUGGACCAUGGUCCUAAUUCGAAUCCGCCUUCGCGGAGAGGAUCGAUGGCUGCCAUCCAGUCGCUCGGAGGUCUCUCUAUGGAGAGUUCCGUCCAGUCUCCGUAUGUCAAGGAGGCCUUGAAGAGGGCUACUAUGCAGCUCGAGGUUCUCGAGAGUGCAAAACGCUUGGCGGCAUAUACUGCUGUCGACCACCAUAUUCUGCCUGAACACACUGUUAUUGGAAUCGGAUCAGGCUCCACCGUGCCGUAUGUCGUAGACCGGAUUAUCCAACAGGGAGACAAAUUGAACAAGAACAGAGUGUUCAUCCCCACCGGGUUCCAAUCGAAGGAGCUGAUCGUCAGGGGUGGACUUAAACUCGGAGAUGUCGAUCAAUAUCCUACUAUUGAUGUCACUAUUGAUGGCGCUGACGAGCAACUCAACUGCCUCAAAGGUGGUGGAGCAUGUCAUUUGCGAGAAAAGGUCUUGGCCGAGGCUGCAGACAUAUUCGUCAUUGUCGCAGAUUAUCGCAAAAAUACAGGUCUACUCGGAAAGAGCGUGAGCCUCCUUGUUUUUUCUUCACAUACCAAAGAUGUUAAUGUGCGAGGAGAAAAGUGGAAACAAGGCGUCCCUAUCGAGGUUGCUCCGUUUGCGUAUGCCAAGCUGUUGCAGAAUUUACAUCGACUUGGUUCGCCCGAAGCCACACUUCGAAUGGCAAAAAUGAAAGCGGGGCCCAUCGUCACCGACAACGGCAACUUUUGCAUCGAUGCGCCGUUUGACGAGGCGUAUAUGCAAGAUCCCCACGAUCUCCUUGCGAAAAUCAAAAUGUUGACAGGCGUCGUCGAAGUCGGGUUGUUCUGUGGAAUGGCCAAGGCUGCGUAUUUCGGAAACGAGGACGGGAGUGUGAGUGUUCGGUAUGAGAAUGGGACGAGCGACACGAUUAGUGCGAGUGCUGUCGAGUGA